AACAUUAUCCCUUUGUGCAAUAUUUUACUUCUUUUAUUGUAAAUUUUCCCCUUUAUGUCUGUAGUUAAGUAUACAUGGGUGUAGUUCAAUUAUUGUUACUUUUGUAUAGGAAGAUUGAUUUUAUAAACAAAUAGCUGAUUAGAUUAAGGAAAAUAUAUGGCAAAAUGGAUACUAUUGUAUCUUACAACUUGGACAAGUUUGAUGAAGAUAUACAAUUACUGGUCAAAAAGCAGAUACUGGAUUUGAAGGCAAAGUUGGACAGCGAUGUGCUUGAAGUUCUUAAAAAGGCGUCUGAAUACCAAGAAAAGCGAAAGUUAAAUACAGAAGAAGAAACACAAAAUAUAAUUCCAAGUUCUGCAAUCCAAGAAGAUAGUUGUUCACAGAGAAAUGACUUGUGUGUUCGACGUUCUUGCAGGUCAAAAUCCCGUCCCAAUCCUUACACUUCUCCAGUCCUCCGAAUCAAAGUUAGAAAACGUAGAAGAAAGUUCUUCCCAAAAAUAACCGAUGAAAUCUUGAGGAAAUUAACAGAUGAGAAGUUUAGUUCGUUUUUCACCUUGCCAAAGUCCUAUGAUUCCUACAUCUUAAUAAAGAAAUCUAUCUCCGUCAUUAAAAAACCUCUUAAACUAGACAUGGCAAACAUCCUUUAUACCACUGCAAGCAAAAUAUACAAACAUGAAGAGAAAAUUUCAUGUAACAAAAACUUGAAGGUGGAAUCAAACGAGAAUAUUGAUGGAACUGUAAACUCAGAAGAGCCAACAAACAAACACAGCAAGAAAUCACAACCGCCCAACAAGACAACCGUCAAUCAUAUCUCAUUAAAAAAGUUCACAGAAGGAAGUAUUUUACUUGCAGUUGCCACAGCUAAUGAAAAAAUAAUUUUAUACAUCAAAGAAAAGAUAACCGGACUUUGGAAAGAAAUUGCUUCCUGGACUCGACAAGUAGAAAACAUGAUGUGGAUGAUGUCAAGUGAUGAAAAUCCACUAUUAUUGCAAUGUAGUGCACUCUUGUGGGUUUCUAAAGUUCAAGUAAACAGUGGUGGAAGCAUAGCGCACUUUCAAACUAGUAUUUCAUUCUCAAUUUGUGCUGCUGUUCUUCCUUCACUUUGUGUCGUAGUAGGAAACACCCAACCAGAGAAAUAUGUUUGGAAGAAUUCCACGAGAGACUUUACACUGGAGAGAGUGAUGCAGACUGCAGAGCAGCCAAUUGUUUCUCUUGGUAAUUUAAAUAAUGAACCUCGUGUUCUUGUCGGAUGCACUGCAACAAUUUUCUGCAUAUGGAAUCACUUAACUGGAUCCUUGCUGAAGAAAAUUUGUAUUGGUGAUAAAGAGAUCACAAAAAGAAUUAUUUCUGCUACAACCCUACAGGAGGGCGUAUUGAAAAUGACCUUGCUUAUGGAGAAUGAAAGUGGACUAGUAUGUUCUGAUAUUGCAUGCAACCCAAUCUCCGGGAAGUUGGUUGUAAUUAAUAAAAGAAAAUCACGAAAGAUUGUAAAGUCUUACCUUUACCUGCGUGAAGAUAGAUUUCCCAUGUUUGAAGCUACAACACAGAGCCUUAUAUCUCAACUGUAAACAUAAUUUUUUGGAUUUUUUUCGCUUGUUUAAUAAAAAAAAAUCUCCCACUGUAACAAAA